ACAGCCUCAGUUUGCGCCCGCCACUGGCCCGCAUCAGGUCGAACCCAAUGGCCGCCAACGCCGGACCUGCGGCCUCGUCUUCCAACCAGACCUUGUCCCACUCCCGGACUCUCUUCCUAGAAGAGGACGGCGUCCCGCUCCGCUUCUUCGUGCGCCCGGGGCCCACGAAGACCUCGCUGUUCCCGCUGAUCGUCCACGGCGGCGGGGUGGUGUGCCGGCACCAGGAGCAGGGCGCCAUCCUCCUGACGGAGCUGGGGGAGACGGGGCCGCUGCCGGCCGGCUACGUCGGGGCCCGCUACGUGCUGGACUGCGUGGAGAAGAACAAGCAGCUGCCGCUGGACGAGUACCGCCGGCGGACCUCCCGAACCACCGAGGCGGCAGGCUCGCUGCAGUCCGAGGCCUCGGAGGCCGGGCCGGCCGACGGCGCAGGUAGGAUGUUCUUCAGCAAGCUGGAGGACGUUGCCAUCUUGAUGUACGUGCGCUCUUAUGCCGGCGCAAAUAGCGGGCGCUCGGUAUGCGGGAGGAACCUGUGGAAGGAGAUGGAGCGCAUCCAGGUGACCGCCCACUCCUGGCAGUCCAUGAGGAACCGCUACCUGCGGCACCUUAGCGGCCAAGAGCAUCUCUACCAGCUGGACAGCCGCUCCGUCAUCCCCACCGCCGUCUUUCCCCAGGUGAAGCGACCGGAGGAGAGCAGCGCUAAGCGGGAUCCCGAACCAGAGGCAGCGGCUCAAGAGGCAAAAGGUAACAAGCCUGACAGUUUCCAGCAUGUCGACUUGGAAUCUAAUGAGGUAGCUGCCUCGGUUGAACAAGUGUCUGAUGUAAAUUCAGAGGAGGAAUGCUUCAACGUGUUUCCUGUCGCUAUCCGUGAAUUUGAGGUUGAAGAUGAUACUCCUGAGCUGCUGGUAGAAGUCAGUGAUGAAAUGGGGACAGAAAAAGUCCCACGAGAGCAACAGAUGGAGACUGACAAAGUGAAUCCUGAUGAGCAUCGUACUAAGCAUAAAGGAACUUUGGCAGAGUUUGUCAUGGAUAACGAGCAAUCAGAAUUAGACUCUCAGACACCAGUGGAUGAGUUAUCCUCCAUGCCUACAGCCUCCCAGGAUGAGGUGGAAUGUGCAAUUAGAGCUAUCAAUACAUUGAUGCAAACUCAUAAUCUGGAUCUCUGUGCAGCCACACAGUUGUUAUUGAAAAACAGCGGGGAGCUGAUAGCAGCGUUACAUUUUAUGGAGACUGGUCACCGGCCAGAUGGUUAUCCUAUCUGGACACACCAAGAUGACCUCGACCUGGAGGAUGUUGACACCAAAGUACAGGGGAGGUUAAUCCAGAAAUUUGGCUCGGAGAAUUUGGCCAAACGCAUCGCCUUUCGUAAAAGUUAACAGCAAAUGGAGACAUUUGGACUGUAACUUUAAGGAGGCAGGAGUUUGAACACUGUCCUUUUAGUCUUCAAGACCAAAGUUCACAUCUGAAUCUCACUGGACGGGAUGCAAGUUUCUGCCAGUUGUAUUCAAAGGAGUUGAGUAAAAUCCCAUUCAUGAAACCUAAGUACAAAACUACCCCUAAUUUGGCACAAAUCUGGACCAGAUAUGGGAAAUGGAAACAGGAGAUAAUCCAUAAGAGCUGAUCUAAAGAAGUUGAAGUGGUGAUCUGAGUCUUGGGUUUUUUUUAAUAUAAGAAAAGGAAUUUUGAAUGGUCAAUCUGUGCUCUGUCCAACUAAGUUGAGUUUGGAAGAUAUCAGCCAAGUAUUAAUGAAUGUAACUUUUAUUUUAAAAAAAACUUUCAUUUGGCCUGUGGAGUAGGGAGAGAAAGACCAUGUAGCAGUAGUUUCAGGAAGGGAUUGUGCCCCCACAAGACCAAGGCUAGGCAUGACCAAAGGAACGAAUGGUGAUAAGUGGCUUUGCACAGAAAACCACCUUAUUAAAAUUUGUAAAAAAAAGACCAAGUAAACAAUUUCUUGGGUAAAAUUUAAGAAGCACUGGUGAUCUAUUUAACACUAGCCAAAUGUUCCUUUUGAGAAAUUGAAAUCUGCAUUCCUGCAAAUUCUACCAUUCAAAUAACUGUUACACAGGUGCAGUUUCUGGGCCUACCGCCUGCUAGGAUGUUAAACAAGGAAAAUUUUAAAUUUGUAGGACAAAGCCCCCUUAUCUGUCUGUAACUUAGGGUCUGUUUGGCUGAAAACAUUGACCUUAAUAUUAAACCCUACAAUAGGCAGAAGAGGUUCAGGGAUUAAGAGAUUUUAGGUACGGAAUACCUAACAUAUAAUUAGCCUUCCACAGUGCACUUGGAAGUCUGACUUCCUUGAGGAAACCUUUGGUUUCCCUUAACCACCUGAUUUCAGGCUCCACCUCUUGCAAUUGUGGACCUCUCUGACUUUCCAAUUACUCAUUCGGGUCUUCUGCUAUGGCCGGCUCCUGGUGUACUUUCACACUCUCCAGCCUGUUCAUUUGGCUGGUUCGUGGGCAGGAAUUGGAGUGUAAUAAAAUCUUCUGUAACUUGC